AUUGUUGUUCUUAAAAUCGUGCCCCAACAUUAAACUUUAUUAAACAGCUAAUGUAGUUUAUUCUUAUUAACAUUAACAAAGCUAAUUUAAAAUAACAUCAAUUAAAUUUAUAUUAAACAUUGUGAUUCAAGUACUGAAGCCGUAAUAAAAUAUGAAUAAAAAGGAAAACCAACGUAAAAAAUUACGUACAUCAAAAACCAGGACGAAAUCAACGACAGGGCGAGACAACACGAAGGCUAAAAAACCGGAACCGCCACCGUGGAGCCAGCUUCCAGCGACCGUACUAACUGGCAUCUACAAGUACUUGGGUGAUGUGGACAGGGUUUCAAUGGCAAGGGUAAGGAAUUUUAUGUAACUAUUUAGUUAGAACGCAUGUAACUAUUUAAAGAUAUAUUAAAUAUCAUUGUUUGAAAGUGUGAAUAAUUGUAUGAGCAAUAGAUAGAUGAGUGGAUUUGAUCAAAAAAUUGAUGCUGUUCACUUCUUUACCUGCAGUAAGAGAUCCGUGUUAGGCUGCGGGAAAACGAAAAGUUUUGGGAACUUGUAUAACUACUUAGACGAAUUUUGACUUUGGGGUCUUAGGCUGUCCUCAGGACAAAAAAAUGGAUACAAAUGGGUCUGCAGGAGUAGGUAUUUAUGGGACUCGAUGUUGAGAACAUACACGCAAAUGAUAACAAGAAACAAGAAGGUGGGCACCAUAAAAAGGAAGAGUAGAAAAGUUACGAUGCCAUGGGUUACAAAACACUGGGUUAAAAAAAGAAGUUAUCUUCAUAUGCAAUUGGAUACAUUUGAAGUGAUAGAUAUGUGCAAUGAACGAGACGAUAAAUUAAUAUAAUCCAGGGAUGUUCAGCCAUAAAAAGAAAAUAGUCUUCAUUUUCGAAAUAAAAAGUUUGUUUUAGGACCAUUUUAGUACAAUAUUGUAAUGUUAAUGUGGAUGAGGCAACAACGGCCAGAGAAAUUCACGCUAACAUCGCCCUCCAAGCAAGUUUGAUCGUGGAGUAGAAAAAAGCCAAGACCACAGUGGGGUAAGUCGAAUACGCACUGAAGACCACCGUGCUAAGUUCUAGCUUACAAGAGCCUAGAAUACCACAACAAAGACCAAAACUGUCGGCAUUCCACGAUGACCAACAGGAACUGUUGUACGCUAAUCUCGUUAACUUAUGGUCCUACAUUUUGAACUUUAAAAAGCCAGGGCGGCAGGCCAGCCCAACAAUAGCUAAAGAAAUAUGUGGCUCAGCCGAAGAAAUGGAGCUUGUUGCCAAUGUGUCAUUUGGGAUAAUAGACAGGGUGAGCUCACAUAAACCAGAAUAUGAGUAUCACUGUAUCGGCUGGUUGAUAGAUGAGUGGAGGAAUGAGAGGUUGGGUGUGUGAAUUAAGUUAAUAAUGCGUACAAAAAUGAUUAAAUGUAUGAUUAAAUCAAUGGAUAGAAGUAUACUUCGCUGGAUAUUUAUCAGGUUGCUUUUUCAUUGCUAAGGUCACAAUUUCAAAGUAUAUCACAGUGAUUUUUUUCUCAUGCAAAUCAGUCAUGGUUAUUCACAAGUCAAACAAAGUACACGAAUAUGUAUUUGUAACUGUGGUAUGAUGAUAGUUACAUUGAUGCCAAAUAAUACAAGAAAUUUUGGGGGAAAAACUAUCUUCCCUGCUAGCAAUACAUAUUCUACUUCCAAAAGAAUUAACUCUAAUCUUGAAAUCUUUUGCUCUACCGGAUCAUGAACAUUUCUAGCGUAAACAACAAACAUUCAUGUUAAGAUUACAGGACUUCCUCCUAAAAUCAAUUUUUAUUUUCCUUGCUUAGGUGUGUAGGCCGUGGGAACAAGGUUUCAACUACCCAGCGCUGUGGAGGACGAGGAUCAUUCAUUUCAGAAAAUACAGAGACAAGCUAGAAGUUAAAAGAGUGGCUUCAUAUAAGUCUAAAACAGCAGUUCCAGUCUCUAGUGGUACAGUAACAUAACUGGGUCGUAGGGGAAAACUUACAUAUUGGUGAAACUAACAUAACGUACUGGUACAACGAACACAAGAGAACAAAUAACGUACGGGUACAGCUAUACAUAAGUGUACAGCUAGCAUAAUGGUACAACUUAACUGAUGGUACAACUAACACACAUGUGAAAUUAUCAUGUCUUUACAAAUAACGCAUAGUAACAACUAACUUUUAUGCUUCUAUAACAAAUAAGAUGGCGGUACAAUUGGAAGCAGUGCUAUGGACCAAUAAAUAUUACGCCUGGUCGUGGAAGUGAGGCUAAGUGAUAGCUUGGUCGUAGAGCAUCGUCUUAUUCUCUCUUUGAUUCUAUAUUGUGAGAGUCCACAACCAAUUUAUUGCUCAUUCUGGCUCCUGGUUUGAAAUUCAGAGUUCGCCAACCCUUAGAUCAGUUGACAUACAAGGUUAACGCGUCCCAUCCACCUGGGAUGCCAGGGCUGAGUUCAAUUUCUUUUUCUAGGCUUUGGUGGUGAUUGAACUUGAGACCACCAGCUAUUUGGAUUGAAAAAGUUAAAAUCUUUCGAACACCCAAAGGUCAUUUUUUUUCCUGUAGUUGCUCAGUCGGCCCCCUUACAAGGACGUUUAAAUUUUUCAAUAUUCAUAAUUAAUUGUUUAACUACAACUGUCAUAAUAAUUAUGUUUGUGUUGGCACCAUUGUCCACCAAUGUCCUUUGCAUCACGUCAACAUAGUCUAGUGUAUUUUUUCAAUGGGCAUCUUUAAAUUUAUUUACAAUUAGGAAAGUGCGCUAUCAGAUUCGCAAAACGAUUUCCAAAUUACCUGCAAAAGGUGGACAUUGAUUUCAAUGGUGUUAUGUCUUUGAUGAGUAUCUCAAGGGAGGUAGUCCAAGACUUCAUGAAAUUCGUUGAACUGUUGCAUGACGCAAAGCUCACGAAGCUGAGGAUACACCUCUCCGGCCUAAAAAUUACGAAUGUUGAGAGUCGUGAGCAUUUAAUAAACGCUGUCAACAGACUGAUAAAGAACCAACACAAUUUAAAGGUAAGAAAUCGUAUACAAUUUGUGACCCAAUUUUUUUUUUUUUUUAAGACCUACACCUAACUAAAUAUUACCAUUGAUUAGGAUCGGGGCUGUCCACGCAAGAGGACGGCCACCAGCGUGAUCUGGUAACGCCCACAAGUGGUUUGCCUCUUCGUGUCGAGGCAGACGAGUAAGGUGGACUCGAACACCUGAAACUAAAAAAACCCGGGCCAACGCCAAAUGCCCUGACCGAAAGAGCCCUUGGAAAAGGGGCUGACAACUCAAAGAUAGUAUCUCAAGGGGGCGGGGGGGGGGGGAAGCGUUCUUCCCAGUCUCACAAUUCAAGUUCGACACUGACGAAAGCCGGGCCAUCAAGAAACUCCGUAGGGCUGGAAGCAGAGCUUAACGAGUGCGCCCACCCCAGAGGUUUUUACGGCACAUUUUAGAUUUAAAACAUGGAGCUUGCACCUCAGUCGCUGCCUUCUUCGUUGAUGUCCGGGGACGGGCUAGCGGGGGGGGGGGAUAAUAUUACUGCCAUUGGGUUGGACGUGCAUAAUUCUCUUUUGUCAAUGUCGGAGGACAGGUUGGGGAGGGACGUAGCUUCUGAAUCUGGCAUGCGUGGCCCAAAAUAUCGUCCGCCCCCCCCCCUUACCUCUCAUUCAUUCAAUUAAAUUCCUGUGGCAUCGACCAAAAGGGAGGGGAGAUUACCAAGAUAUUCCACUAGUGUAACGUGGACGUAGCCUUCUUCCAAAAGGCGCUACUAAAUGUAAGGCUUUUUACAUCACGGGUUACUCCCUGUACCAUUGUAAGUGCAAACAAUGUAGAGGGCUAUGCACAGUAGCUAAAAACGACCUUACGAUGGAACUGCUUGAGGUGAAGUAUUGCCAAGGCACUGACACCUCACCAUCAGGUUGUUCAAGAACGACCAGUUCUUCAAUAUCACUCAUUUCUACAAUACGCUCCGCAAUAAAAUCAGUCUACCCAUCGGUGAUAGCCUAAUUUUCCAGACAAAAAUUACAGUUAGGGACUUUAACGCCCAGUCACCGGACUGGGGCUAUGUUGACCGCAACGCUUCUGGACGUUACGUGGAGACUCUAUGUCUCACUACAAACCUUGUCCGGUUGCAAGACGAAAAUAGUGGGAUGACUUUUUCAACCAUCUUUUGCAGCUAACUAUUAUCUAGUAGAUGUAAAGUGUCCAGUAUUGUUUAUGGUUGCAAGGGCUGAAAGACUUAGAAUGGGUAUUCUCGUAUGUAGUUUUUGUAAUGUUGCGUUUUGUAUUUUAAUGUGGUGAAAAAAUGUUUUUCAUUUCUUUUUUAAUAAGGAUGACUUUGUGCCGCGCUUCGAGUCUUUUGGGAUGAAUCGUGAAUUUCAAAUAAGCUUUAUUAUUAUUAUUUUUUUUUAUUGCAUACCGGCAACGGUACGGAGUACCGGCCACAUCUGACGAUAAUCUCAACGGACCUUGAGUCCAAGCUCAGUCUGGUAGAUGAGACUGGAAGUGACCAUAAGCCGAUCAUCCACUGAAUUGUGUUAGCUACCACCAAGGCACGCCUCCGGAAGAGGCAUUGGCAGUUUCGAAAAGCGAACUCUGCGCAGUACGAAACAGAGAUCGAAGCCAAGCUGGCAGAGACAUAUGCCGCAGAACCAAUAGACCUAAACAUGGAGUAUGAGAUCCUCAUAAGCAAGAUACUCAAAGUGGCAAAGCGAGCAAUUCCGAGAACAAAUUGAAGAAAACCCUUCAUACCGUUUUGGAAUAAAACUCUGAAUGCGCUAGUAGAGAGAAGACCAGAGGCACGUAGGAAGGCUGCCACGAAGAAAACACCUGCAGCUUAAUCAGUGUAUAACUCCCUUGCAGCCUAAGUUCGUGCCAAAGUCCAAAAACAAAAACAGUCCACGGGGGUUAACACGUGUGAAAACCUCAGCCUUGCGGGCAGAAGUAAGAUCUGGCGAUUACUAGAUAAUCUCUCUGGUAUCGGGAAGCUAAGCGCCAACGCGCUUAAUAGACAUUUUGCUCCAGUCAGCAUAAGUGCCAGAGACACUGACGAAAGCCGGGCCAUCAAGAAACUCCGUAAGGCUAGAAGCAGAGCCCAAAGAGUGCGACCACACCAGAGUUUUUCACGGCAUCUUUUAGAGUAGCCGAGUUGCAAACAGCACUGGGAAAGUUCAAAACAGGUAAAGCUCCAGGCCCCGAUAGAGUCUGCAAUGAAAUCCUCAAGCGAUUGGUCAAGGCCGGAAAAAACAUCACUUACUUUAUAAAUAAAACCUGGACGAAAGGCGCCUUGCCAAAGUCGUGGCAGAAAGCGGUGAUUGUCCCAAUUCCCAAAGAGGGCAAACCAAGUGCCAACCGUCUAGCUAUCGGCCAAUUUCACUGACAUCGUGUGUCGGAAAAGUAGCGGAGCGAAUGGUGAACGCGAGAUUAUAUUGGUUCUUGGAACGUACCAAGAGCAUUCCAACUAACAAGGCAGCUUUCGCAAGGGUAGGCAGCCAAUGUACAAUGUAAUUCAGUUUAUCCAAAGCACCACCAUUGAGCUUCAAAUGUGAAAUCAUUCUGUCACGGUGUUCUUUGACCUCCAGAACACUUACGACCGAGUCUCGAGGGCAGGUCUGCUGUACAGGUUACACUUGCUCGGUGUAAAAGCCAAUAUGUACAGGUGGAUUAAUUCGUUCUAUCAAAUCGUACGAUAUCCUCGCGUGUAAGGGACAAAGUUUCGAACAUGUGUCCACUCGAGGAUGGACUCCCACAGGGUUCGGCCUUGAGCUGCACCCUGUUCCUUGCGUGCACUUAUGACCUGCAGUCACAGUUGGUAACAAGGAAAUCAAUGUUUGCAGAUGAUUUGUCAAUCUGGAGCUCGGGCGAAUCCAUCCAGCAAAUCCUUCUGCUUCCAAGGGCCCACGUUCUGGAACCAGCUCCCCUCGUCCAUUUUCAAAAAGUCCCUUAAAACUCAUCUGUUUAGGUCCGCCUAUGACCUGUGAUGCACCCUCCUUGCCCUGCCUCAUUUUCUGUUUCGGGUUGAUCCUGAAGUAUAGGCCAAAACGUGUCAAAGUGUCCUCGUUUUAUAGCCAUUUUCAUUGUUUCUAUAGUAUAGUAGUUACUAUUCUAGUGUCUCAUUUUUAUUUUACUUAGUUUACAUGUUUUUAUAAUUGUAAAGCGCUUAGAGCUUUAUGGUAAGCGCUAUAUAAAAAUGCCUAAAUAAAUAAAUAAAUCUCACCAAGUUAAAGGAUCACGCUCGGAAAAGGAGAUUGAUGGUGAAUGUGGAGAAGACUGUGUUCUCGUUGUUUACCAAUGGAAAGAAUGCUCUUAAAGAGAAAAUUGAUCUCCAAAUCUGCGGGAAAAUGUCUCAAAUGGGACAUAUCAUCCACGUAUUUGGGAGUGAAGUUGGACCGAAAACUCCAACUUCAUAACCACGUUCGGGAACUCGGCGCCCAAGCCACGUCUAAACUCAGCCUGAUAAAUGGAUGGAUGGAUAGAUGGAUGGAUGGAUGGAUGGAUGGAUGGAUGGAUGGACGAAUGGACGGAUGGACGGACGGCGGAUGGAUGGAUGGAUGGAUGGAUGGAUGGAUGGAUGGACGGAUGGACGAAUGGACGGAUGGACGGACGGACGGACGGACGGAUGGAUGGAUGGAUGGACGGAUGGACGGAUGGACGGAUGGACGGAUGGAUGGAUGGACGGACGGAUGGAUGGAUGGACGGAUGGACGGAUGGACGUGCUAGUCCGAUCUGGACGGAUGGACGGAGGGACGGAUGGACGGACGGAGGGACGGACGGAUGGAUGGAUGGAUGGACGGAUGGACGGAUGGACGGAUGGACGGAUGGAUGGAUGGACGGACGGAUGGACGGAUGGACGGAUGGACGGAUGGACGGAUGGAUGGAUGGACGGAUGGACGGAUGGACGGACGGACGGACGGACGGACGGACGUAUCUAUUAUUUUAUUUUUUUAUUCAUAUUCUUUCCUUGAGCCCUAGCUAACAUUAUGUUUACUUUUUUUUUAUUUCUAGAAAUUUGAAAUCUCUUUGGCUUACUUUGAUCUCCACACUGGUAUAAGACUCCUAAAAUGUUUAGCUGAGGCCUCUGGAAAAUCUCUAGAAACCCUUUUUCUAUUCACAUUAUUUAAUGCAGAUCUCGCAGUUUACCGGGAAGAAGAUGUUUUCACAGAAUUGCAGGUGAUUGCCCAGUCACUUUAAAUAAGCAUAUUCAACUUUACUGAUGUUGUUUAUCUAUCUUUACCAGAUAACACGAGGACGAGUAUAGAAUUCAGCCAUAUAUGUGUUAUUUAAUGUGGGAUACAACUAUAUAACUCUAACGCAAAUUUUAAAUUUAAAUACCAUAAUUUUUUUUUUUAUUUUGUUACAUAAAAGACUCAAGAUGUCCUCAGUAAUAAAAUUAUCAUUGUUAGCUCGUUAUCGAGCACGCUGCUUCUCUAAAUUAAAUUAAAAGAUGACCCACACAACAUUUCCCUGUUGGCCAAUAAAUUGAUGUUGUUAUGUUUAGAUUGUCUUCAGGCCGUGAAUUAUUUUUUUUUGCUAAAACCAAUUCAGAAAUUCAAGAAUCUUUCUAGUAUUUGCGUGGACUACUCAAUUUUAUCGGAUGAACUGGUCACACUGUGGUCCAAGGGAUGUCCAUCCCUUUCCUCCAUGAGACUUUGGGCAUUCUCAGAAAGUAAGCAUGUCAGUUUUCAUUUCUUUCUGCGUAUUAAAACCGUGCAUAUUCGAAUAAUGACGUCAAAAGUGUUUUACUAUCUUUUAGACAAGCUCGUGCUUCUCACGCAGAAACUUGAUGUGUUUAUUAUAACUCAAGUCUCUUAUGAAUAGUAGUGUUGAUUUAUUAUUGACUUAAAGUUACACAGUGAAUUAGUUUAUAUGUGAUAAUUUUGAUUGUGUUGCUACAACCAGACGAUUUUAUUGAAUUACUUAUGUUCCUUUUGGGUCUGCAUAUUUAUGGAAACUAUUGUUUUAAACUAACAAUAAAAGUAUGGAGAAAUAUUCUAAGUCUCCACAUUUCUAGCCACAGACAGUAGGUAAACGGAAAACGUGAAUUAAAUAAAUUAUUUAAAAAUUAAGAUGGGAAAAAACGAUUGAAAUAUCCGAAUAAACCGACCUUGCGAAUAUGUGUCAUCAAAUAAAUGUCUUUAUUUCGUAUCUUCAUAAGCCUUGAGGCAAUUUUUAAGUAAUGAUAAUUAAAGUUAAAAUUUUUAAGCAUGGAAAAAUCACAAACUUUAAGACAUAACAAGUCAUAAUAGUUUAGAUUUUUUGCGGACUGUCCUUAAAAUUUACGGACCGUUUAACAGCCAAGCCACGCAGCCUUUAGUUGUAGGAAUAACCAGGGAUGAGAGGGGAGACUAUGAACUUAGGUGCGGGAUCAAAAUACAAUAGUUGAUGGAAAGUCGAUACCGAUCGGUGGAAUUUAUGUUUUGACGGCGGAGACAGAAUGGAAUGUCCAUUAGACUGUCUUUAAAUGUGUAUCAUGAAUAAGUUACAGCAAUGUGUUUUGAAGGACAUUCAGUUCUCUGUGUUUUAAUGUAUAUCAUAAAUGCGAUACAGCAUUGUGUUUUGCUGUACAACAAGAAGUAUGUGUUUUAAAUUGUAUCAUGAAUGAGAUAGAGUAAUUUGUAGUGUAGAACAACAAGUAGUCUAUGUUUUAAGGUGUAUCGUAAAUGAGACAAGGAAUAUAUAUUGUGGUAACUAAUCAAUUUUUAUGUGGUCGCAGUGUAGUUUUAGAUUCAUUUGUAGAGAACCUAAGUCUUGACAUUUGCUUUUAAAGUGGUCAAAGACAGGAAAUAGACAUUAUGGCGUAAACGAACUGGUUGUUUAAAUGUUUUCUUUGGAGAUGUAGCUAUUCAAUAAUACUGGGCGUCAAUAUUGUCUUUAGAGAUAUAGCAUGAGUCAUGGGAAUCAAUGGUGUCUUUUGAAAUAAGAAAUUCAAUAGUAAUGAGUGUCAAUGUUGUCUUUAGUGAUGUAGCAAUUUUUGAGUCUUGGGAGUAAAUGUUGUCUUUUGAGAUAAUAAAUUUAAUAGUAAUGGGAGUCAAUGCUGUAUUUAGAGAUGUAGCACUUCAUGAGUCGUGGGAGUCAGUGUUUUGUAUAUAGAUGUAGCAAUACAAUAGUCAUGGGAGCCAAUGUUUUGUAUAUAGAUGUAGCAAUACAAUAGUCUUGGAAUUCAAGGUUUGCUUUAGAGAUGUAGUGAUUCAAUAGUAAUUAGAAUCAAGGUUUCGUGGACAAGUCGAGGUAAUCUGAGUCGAAAGAGUUGAAUAAAGACAUUUAACACAAGACAGUCUAAUAAAAGUGGUAGAUAUUGAUAGUAUAGUUGUAGUGGGUGAAGUGGGAUGUAUUGGCAGUACAGUGAAGAGAGUUGUAUAAGGAUAAAUUGACAGUAUUGCUGUGAAGUGUGGGAUUAAGGAUAUAUUGACACAUAUUCUUAAGAGACACAUGGAGAUAGCGAACAGUUAGCUUCAGUUAAUUGAUAGAGUAACAGAAGAGUUCUUAUCCAGUACUGCAACAAUUUUUCAAUAUAUUCUUCAACACGUGAAGUUGUGUGGAUUAUUUAAAUCUAAAUUAUUACUUUGUGUGUGCCACCCCAAAAAAAACUACUUAAAAAUUAAUGGCAGAGAAAACAACAUCUACGCCAAAAUAGUAUGUGACAAAACAGAACGGAAGCCUUCCUCUCAACCUCCAUUGUUUAACCGGAUGCCAUAACAACGACCUGUUUUGAAUACAAGUCAAGGUUUUUUUGUAAAUCCGUUAUUUAUGAAAAUUUUUCACAAAGCUCAGGUGCUCAAAAAAAAUCAUUGUCUUUUUCGUUCAAUUCGGAAAUCAUUAACACAUUUUUAUUACAUCCAUUACUAACAAUUUCCUAUUAAAUUCAUUUUAACAAGGUCCUAUUUUAUCUAUUCGUAACAAGGUACUAUUUAUACCCUGAUCUCUAUCAGGUCAUGCAAUAAGCAAUGAGGCGUGGCAGGCUUUGGUCUGGACGCACCCACGGCUGCUGGUUCAGUUCCACGUCGAAAUCAACCUAGACACGAUAACACUGCCCCUCUUAUCACCGGCCAUACCCCUGUACAAGUUACGGUUGCAUGCGGUAUAUCGCUUACAUUCGGAGUUUGAGGUAGGAGCUAGCCUAAUAAGGACUUACCUUAUUUUAUUUUAUUUUUUAAUAUACAUUUAAGCACAAGAGAUGUUAGUAUUAACUUUAAAUAUGUUUGACUAUAAAUUAAUUUGAGUCAGUUUUAACGUAGCGAAAGAUUCUUAUGUGCGUUUCAAAUUGAAAGAAGCAGAACUUUUUUUUAAUCUCUCCCCGUUUGGUAACAACUUUUUUCAUUCAGAUUUGGCGUUGAUGCACAUGUUUGGUUUAAAUGAUUAAGUUAUGUGGUGUAAAAAAAAAGCAAUCAGGUAACACGGAAACGUCUAUAGCUGUUGUAAAUAACGUUUGAGAAAAUAGAUAAUAAGUUGCAAAGAGAUAAGUUAAUAAACAGUUUAGCAGGACAGACAAGGUUUUUUUGUGAAAAUGUCCAAAUCCUCGCAGCGUUCUAUUAUUGUUUAGACCGAGAUAACGUAUUACUCUUCUGACAUCUUCAAGAACAAAUAGAAUGUUCUAUUCUUUAUAGGAAUAUAUAUAUCAAUCGAUUCUCUAUUACUAACCUUAAGCUAAUUAUGUUAUUCAAAUGAAAACCCCAGUAGCCACAACAUGAUCUUGACAAGGCAAGCUGUUAGCGAUUCAAUGACACACCUAGCUAAUAAUUAUUUACCUUGACAUUAAUUGAUUUAUUUUAUUGGAUUUCUGUUUUUUUACGAACUUGCUGUCAUUUUCGUUUUGUUUAAAAUAAUGGCUUAAAAAAGGGGGGGGGGCACAGUGGGUGAGAUUGUUUCACUUGCCGUACAUCCUUUCUUAUAAAUGUCAAACAGCAUUGAGCAAAGGAGCUAUAAUUAUUUACCUUGAUAUUAAUUGAUUUUUUUUUUUGGAUUUCUGUUUUUUUACGAACUUGCUGUCAUUUUCGUUUUGUUUAAAAUAAUGGCUUAAAAAAGGGGGGGGGGGCACAGUGGGUGAGAUUGUUUCACUUGCCGUACAUCCUUUCUUAUAAAUGUCAAACAGCAUUGAGCAAAGGAGCACAACAGCCCUGUGUAAAGGAGUAUAACAGCCGUGUGGAAAGUAGUAUAAAAGUCGUGUGUAAAGGAGACAAACAGGCAGAAGACAAGCGGCAAAAAGAGGAACACAGAAGACCAAAUAUUAAAAGGGGUCACAGUUUUCCUGCGAAAAGUGUAGCCGCAACCAUCUUUCCAGGAUCAGACUUGAUGAUGUCUCUAGAUAGACCGUGCAGCCCAGAUGAAACAAUGGACUACAAGUCCUUUAACACUAAUGAGAAAUUUGUGCAUAAAAGUAAUGUUAUACAAAAUAUAUGUCGGCCAGUUCCUGAAUUGGCCGGCAAAUUCCCAUUUGGGCAGAGGCGUGUGCCCCAUAUUCGAUGUACUAGAAAUAACCAGAGUAUACAAUACAUUGGCCGGCCUUUUCCGGAAACGACGGGAAAUCCCUGAUCGACAGCCAAGGCAGUUUGACUACAAGUGCUAAACAAAUAGAAACUAUUUAAUUUUUUUUUAAAAACAACUGUGUAAUUAGAAUUGUCAUUAAAUUGCCAUCGUGUUGCAAAAAGUGCUGAUAGAGGUUGAUAAUUUACCAUAAUAAACUAAUUUAACUUAUUUGAUCAUUUAGUAUAAAUAAUAAUUAUUAUGAUGUGAUUACAACUACAGCAAACAAACACCUUAAAUCUGCUUAUGACUUUUUCUUCCGACCUUUGGCGAGUGUGCAAAAUAAUAUACAGCAGGUAAAUGUUUUAUAUGUUUCCAUCAGCUGACCAGUUUACUUCAUCGUGUGGCCAUCUACCAUAGAACAAUCACAUCUAUUGAAGUGGAGAUUUACGGGGAGUUUGAAAAUAUUGACACUGUUGCACUGCUGAGCAUUCUGUCUAACUGCAGCAAACUGUAAGUCAGUUAGUAUGUGUAUAUCUCAUUAGAAGAGAUAUCUGCUCACAGUGAGCAAUACUACGCAAAUCACGAAACACCAACCUAUAUCCAAGCGUGCAGAGAGACGCCAUUCCUCGCAUGGGUAUCGAAUUUAAUGGGAAAAGCCAGAAAGCUCCAUAAAAUAUUGUUGAGUUUUUUUUUUAAUUACAACAAUUUCGUAAGUGAAAAACUACAUGAGACUGACAGGAUCCGUACAUGAGACUGACAGGGUCCGUACAUGAGACUGACAGGGUCCGUGAUUACUAUAUUGAACGGGAAAUACUUGACUCGCUGUCGGGGUUUCUUCGCUUGUAGCAUGCAGUGAGCCAUAUCUUGGGGUGAUUGUUCCAUGUGACCAGCAUAUUUUCAAUCUCCGUAGCUCACUCUCUUUUUAAAUAAUUUUGUAUUUUAUUUUUAUUUUUAAUAUGUAUUUAUUUUAGUCGAUCGUAUUAUAUAAAUAUUAUUUUGCGUAUAAUUUUAGUUUGAACCAUACAAUUCCACUUCUAACGCCACAUCAUUAUCAUUUGUUAAAUCUUAUAUGUUAUUAUUUUAAAGAUCAAAGUAUCCAAAAUAAUAAAUAAAUUCUUACGGAAGUAUGUACGAACCUUUAAAAUAAAAGACUGUAUAACUGCAUUCGAUUCAAUUUUUCAGGCCGCCAUUGAGCUUUAAGGAGUCCAGGCAUUUUUCAAAAUUUUGGACGCUCUCAUGAGAAGGCUCCAGAGCAUCAUCGGGUCCGCCUCAAAUGAAAAGGCCACCUAACGUUUCCCCCAACAUCGCUAACAAAAACACAUGUAUCUUGCCAACGUACGUGCAAUUUUGGCUGACCUAACGGUGACGAAACGUAUCAUUUCAGUAGUAACAGAGAAGCGAAACGUGUAUUUGAUAAGUUAUACAAAACAAAAUAUUAUAAAAGACAAUUUUAAAAAGUGCAUAAAAUACAACACUUUCAAAAAUCAAGUCUUUUCAUCAAAUAUUGAUGAGAGCCAAAACAACACGC